AUGGAUAUUGGAAUGUUGGUCGAUACGCACUGCCACCCUACUGAUAGCAGUGUUGUAAACCUCAGUAAAAGUACUGCGUCUAUGUAUGCCAUAUGUGCUAUGUCGACGCAUAUUGAGGAUCAAAUUAAAGUUGAGGAGCUACACGGCGUGCAUCCGGACGUUGUGAGGCCUUAUUACGGAUUCCAUCCGUGGUGGUCGCAUAUUUACACUUUCACGGAAGGCAUAGGGAAGAAGGAGCACUAUGAGGCGUUGUUCCUUAAUGGUAAGAAGGAAGACAUCAAGUUGCAACAGAUAGACGCCUUAUUAGAUGCAUUACCAUCUCCUAUCCACUUUCAGAUACUGCUCGAUGACGUAGAGAGAAGACUGCAGCGUAAUGCACGAGCACAGGUCGGCGAAGUAGGAAUAGACAAAGUGUUCAGAGUAAAGGGUAAAGACGGCAAGUUGACGCUGCUGCAGACGUCUAUUGAGCAUCAGAAACGAGUCGCUGUGGAACAAAUCAAGCUGGCUAAGAAAUACAAUCGGGUGGUGAGUAUGCACAGCGUAUCAGCGACUCAAGGCAGUAUGGAUAUCAUUAGAGACGCGGCUUAUCAGAAAAUAGUCCUCCAUAGCUGUGGAAUUGGCAAAAAUGGCAUAGAUUACUGCCAGCGACAGUUUCCUGGUGUGCACAUUGGAUUCAGCACAGCAAUAAACACACGCUCAAUGAAAGUACUGGAAGAUAGUAUCGCAGUCACGCGUCUAGACAGAAUACUCAGCGAGAGCGAUCUUCCUGUUGAAACAGAGUACGCGAAUGCAGUUGAGUCAAUUGUGGAGAUAAUAGCCAGAGUUAAGAAUAAAUCCCGCUCGGAGAUUGUACACUACAUCAAAUCCAACUUUGAUAAAUUAUUCUGA